UCGCCUCGUUUCACCGGGCCCAGACGUGUUUGUGUGCGCGCACCUAUCGUCUGUAAUUUCGUAGUCCAACACAUCUUCGUGCGGCCUCAUGUUUAGAUAGACAAGCCAUCCUUCCUCGCCAAACCACCUGUAAGAAGUCGUGCUGCAUUACUGAGGCUGUUCUGCCACCGACUCUCGUGAAGAGCGUUACCCAUAUUUAGCCGCCCGCAGACGUUUUCUGGCUUCUGAAUUCCUUUUCUCGUCACCGUCGCAGGCGUAACUCUGUCCCGACUUACUUUUUUUUAUUUCACUGAAUUCUCCACGCACUUUUCGUCCCACCGUCGUCCUUCGACCCUUUCUUCUACCUGCUACAACUCUGCGCUCUCAUAAAUCAUCCAAGUGUCGUUGUUCCCGUCGCUACUGCAUACACGCUUCCUUCGCUGAGGGAAGACAUCAUGCCUUCCUUAGCGAACUCGCCUGCGCGCAGCGCAUGGAAUAAUGGCAGCUCUUCCAGCCCAUCCGAAGCCCACAAUCCCGUCAGAAGCCCAAGCGCCACGUCGCCCGAGAGCCUCUAUGAGCGACUGGCACGACUGGAACAGUAUGAAAGUGAAAGAGCCCAGAGAGUGCAUAUCUACGAGACGGAGAGAUCUCAGUUACUCAGUGCAUUUAUAAGAAACUGUCUUAACGAGAUUGAAGAUAUUAAGACGAGAAGUGCCACUUUGACUGAAUACGCACGCCGCGAAAGCAAAGUUGUUACACUCAUAGACGGCAACGGGCUACCGUUCCAAGAUGGUUUUGUUCAGGCUGGUGGUCAGGGAGGGAAGCCAGCGGCAGAAGCCCUCUGCGAUGGCGUCUCUAGAUUUGUGCAGCACUUACGAGAUCGACUUCCACACAAUCUGCGGGAUGCUAUUCCAACCGUCAACGAGAUGAAAUAUGUAGUCAGGAUUUACGUCGACACCCAAGAUCUUGCUGAGACUUGUUUGGCUGCUGGUAUUGUCAAUAGCAUCGCAGACGUUCGUGAUUUUCUGUAUGCCGUUGGGAACUCUGUCGAAGAUUUUGAGGUGAUUGACAUUGGCUCCGAUCGAACUCGGGUGCUCAAGAAGAUCUCAGAAGCAUUCAAGAGUUAUGCUAGUGAUCAUAUGUGCCAACAGAUCUUACUCGGAUGUGCGCACGACUCAAGCUUUAUUCAUAUUUUUGACCACCUUGCGAACACAGGACUCGAUUCAAAAGUCACAUUGAUUGAAGGCCCUCCUUUGGCAAGUGAAUUUAGAUCCCUACCUUUCGCCACAGAGAAGUUUGCGGGAGUAUUUCGUGACGCAGGGUUUGCAACUGGCAAGCAUAAACUGCAACUUUUUGGAAAUGGCAACGGGUCAUUCGCUUCCGGCAUAAGCACUUCUCCAGGCCUGAUGGACGAAAGGAGUGACUCCAGAGCAGCAUCGUUCUCUUCUUCGGUCGCGACGCCAAGCAGCACGGUUACAACGCCCGUAUUCACAUGGGCAUCUGCGGCGAAACAAGCUGCGAUCUUACCUGAUCGCACUUCAACACCUCCUCCGAAGGCUAUAGCUCUCGCGCCCGGCACCAUCCCUCGCAACAGAGCCGGGCAGAGAGUUGAUCCAAUCUCCCGUACGUAUGACAAGAAAGAGGUGGACAGAGUAAAGGAGAUUAAGAUGUGCAACGUACACUUCCUCCGACAGGAAUGUCGCUAUGGAAAGGACUGUACUCACUAUCAUGACUACAAGCCAACCCAAAGUGAGCUUGGGACGCUGCGACUCGUGGCUCGUAUGGCGCCAUGUAGUUACGGCAGCGCGUGUGAAGAUUUGAAAUGUAUUUACGGCCAUCGAUGUCCUGCACCUGCGAAGAGCGGCGCCUGUGGAGGGAAAAAUUGCAUCUUUGGCGAAGAUUGUCGGUUCCCCGUUGAGCUGCAUGGCAUUGAUACCACGAUUGUUCGAUCUGUAGUGGUUCGCUGACGUCGUUGGGAUUAUCUGCUGUCAUACUCCAAGACUCUUAUUAUCUCUCGAACUGUAAUUUGACAGAUACCCAAACACUUGUAGUAGCCACAAAUUGACUUUCACGCAUGGGGCUGAGGCUGGGGGCCUGGCGCAUCUUAAUACCAACACUGCAAACAAUUUGGGCAGCAGUAUACAAAAAUACAUCUUAGACCCGCCACUCCGCAUUCCGAAUUGGUUGCUGUAGAUAACGAAAAAAGACCGUUCAUCUCCGGCCAAUCUAAAAGACGAAUA